UUUGUUCUUGGCGGCAAAAAAUUGGAUCCUUUUGAAAUUCGAAUUAGCCGUAAUUUUGCUGAAAUGCCUCAAGAGCUACGUGUGGUUCGCUGUUAUCACUGCAUGAAAUUUCAGACGGAUAUUGUCAAAAAAGCACCUAAGUGGACCUGCAAGAUGUGCGGUUCUAAGCAGUCCCUGGUGAAGGAGUUUGUUCGUGGAUCCGGCCGGGAAUGCCGUUUAUUUGUGCAGCAGUUAAGUGGCCGUGAAAUGGAUGAGCAACGACUGGAACAGCUGGUGGCGGAACAGGUUAUGGAAGGACAUAUCGAAUUGCUUCAUAAUCCAGUACAGGAAGAAUCCGAGAGAGUGGCUAGUCACCAGGAAAGCAUCCGAGUGGAAGGUAUUAGUAAGUGGGAAAACUUUCGGGUGAAAGACUCGGACGAGGCAGAUAAGAAAGCAAUUCCACUCAUGAGCAAUCGACAAAAUUCAAUUAAUAAGUCGGAUAUAUUAGAACUCAAUUCUAAACAAGCAUACCCGCCAUCAUCCUUCAAUAUUUGCCACCCAGUUCAAUCACUCGAAACGAAAAGUACGACACAACUGAUGGAUUUUCAUCGAAUGGAUAAAAAUGAAAAAAGGCAAUUCAAGUGGAAAUCAAGAAAUAGCUCGAACUAUCUACAAUCCCAGCCUCUGAAACCAAAUAGUUCAAAAUCGAAUAGUCUUCCAAAUAUGGCUGAUGUUUCAUCAAAGCACUUAACCAAUGAUGGUAUUUCGUGUGUGGAAAACGAAAACGUUGCUCGAAAAAGAUCUGAAGUCGAUAUAUUCCCUAUGAUGAAUUUUUCCAAAAAAUCAAAAUGGGAGCAUUCCAGCUCAGUACAAAAGUUGUCUACUGAAGUGACCUUAACACCUUCUGCUGCAGCUAACGAUAUACAUCGACCUAGUUUCCAACAGACAAGCUCCAUCAGCAGUGGCUCGAAAUGGAGCAAAUUUGUCUCUAGAAACGACGAUCUCCAGUUAUAA